AUGCUCGAGUGGGUCGUCGUUCGUUUAAGGCCAAAGACCAAAAACAUUGUCUAUAUUCGUGAAGAAGCAGAUGUUGUGACAAUCGACUACGCGAGAGAAUCUAAUGGGAACGAGCAACUGAUGACACUCAUUCGUCUGACACAAGCCCAAAUUGAUAAGCUUCGUGAACGCCGUCUUGCGAGGAAUAUGUACGUCUCUCCACGAUGUAGCGCUUCGAUGAAAUUGGAAGCUCGUGACAAAAAGCCCAAUACCUGUUGGCAUUGCUUAAGCUGGUCUAUCAACAGUGAGUUUGAAGAUGUGUGUGGGCUUGUUGAGGAGUACGGGUAUGAUAUCAUACCAAUAGCUGAUAGAAUCUUAAUGGUAACGCUCUGGCAUCAAGUCCAAUCACGGGUUAAAGGAUUGGUCCUUAUUCACAAUUCAGAACACUCCGCCCAGCCGGUACCUCUCCCGUAG